AAACCGAUCCUCAAAAUUCCAAAUCAAACUGAAAAAAGGAUACAUAAAAGAAAAAAAAAAAAAAAAAGGAAGCAAGAAAAGAGCCUUCAAUCAGGAUGCAAGCAACUGCAGUGUGUUCGACAGGGUUCAUAUUGCCAUUCAAAGGCACUAAUAGCUCAUUGCCUAGAACAUCAUUUAUGCAAAGAAAAGCAUUUAUCCCUCCUCGGGCUACAAUGAAAACUCCUCCGGAAACACCCAUGGUUGAUUACAGCUCCUCGACUUCUGUUUUCCCUGCAGAAGCCUGCGAAACACUUGGUGGCGAAGCAUGUUCUGCAGAGAUGUUUCCUGAAGUAAAGCCUGCAACAACAACAGCAAGCAUUGACAGCGACAGAGUAGGUUCAGAACAAGUCGACCGAGAAUAUUUCGAGUACAACGAGCCCAAAACGGUAUUCCCUGGUGAGGCUUGUGAUGAUCUCGGAGGAGAGUUCUGUGAGCCAGAAUACCAGAAGGGAGUACACAAGGAGACUAAUAUCUAAAUGAAGAAAGUAUCCAAGUAAGGCAGUUUCAAUUAUAAAGAGAAGAAAAUGUAACAAGAUAAUGCUGUGUAUUCAAUAUAGGUGGGUGUUCAUCUAUGUCCUAUGACCACUGUUAGCUAAAGGUAAAUAAUGAAUUCUCUGUUUGUGAUCUUUAAAGUGAUGUGCCUUCUCGAGUUUAUGUUUA